AACGCGACCAAUCACACGCUGGUGCUGCUGAGAAAUGCAGAGGAACCUGUCUGGCAGAGCGAGCCAGGGCGGCCGAGGCCCAUAGAGGCAGAGUGGGAACUCCCUGAGAGAGAGAGAGAGAGAGGAAGCCGUGACAUUGACACAGCAACGUCCAGAAGCUUGUACAUGUUGGUCCGGACACGGCGUGGCCUCAACACCAUGAGCGAGCGCACGCACAGGUCUGCUGAGAGGGCUCCUGAAGGGGCCUCGGCUCCUCCCAACAUCCAGGACAUGGAGCUGAGAGAGGAGUGGCAGGACGAUGGCUUCCCCAGGCCUCUUCCUGAGGAUCAUGACAGUCCAGAAGAGGCACAGAGUUCGUCAGAUCAGCGCCCAGCUCCACCCACCAGUCUGACCCUAUCAGGAAGCGGGGGCGGGGCUAAGAAGCGUCUGGCGGCUCCAUCGCUCAGCCUGACUCUCAGCCGUGGAGAUUCCUAUGAGCGCAGUCAUGACGGCUUCUCUGCUGCCGCUCUGUCAGGGACACCAGACGAUAUGCCGUCCCUGGACAUCAACCUGGAGGCUCUGGAGACUCCGUCAGACAGCGAGACAGGAACCCUGCCGGACAGCAGCCAUGAGCUGGAGUGGGACGAUGACCUCCCGCGAACGGGGAGGGGAGGGGCUGAGGGCAUGGCUACCAGCCCAGUGAACCAAUCAGAAGGUUUGAUGGAGCUGGACCAGGUGGACAGCAGGGGCCGCCGCUGGAGGAGGUUCUGUAUCUCUGGACAAGAAUACCAUGUUAACAUGAGUGUCCUGGAGCCGUAUCUACAGGUCCUGUCACACGGAGGUUACUAUGGAGACGGGAUGAAUGCCAUAAUCCUCUUCACUGCCUGUUACCUGCCAGAGAAUUCGGUGGAAGACUACGACUACGUCAUGGACCACCUGUUCAGGUACAUUGUGGGGACUUUGGACCUGAUGGUGUCAGAGAACUACCUGCUGGUCUACCUCUGUGCCAUGGCUCCCAGGAACAAGCUGCCGGCCAUCAAGUGGCUCCACCAGUGCUACACCUCCAUUGACAGGAGGUUGAAGAAAGACCUGAAGGGGCUGCUGGUGGUCCAUCCUGCCUGGUACAUCAAGGCUCUCAUCACGCUGGUCAAACCCUUCAUCAGUGAUAAAUUCAGCAGGAAGAUUCGCUUUGUUCAUAGUCUUCAGCAGCUUUCUCAGAUCAUCCCUACAGAGAGACUGCAGAUCCCUGAUGCCAUCCGCGAGUUUGAACAGAAGCUGAACAGAUGAUAAUCGAGGAUCCUAAAGGUCCAAUGCCAUCAGGCCUCUUGUCUGUACAGAAGAACAGCACAAAGACUCUGGGUUUAUUUAUGUCUGACUUGUUUCUGUUUGAUGUUUGGGGGCUAAGUUAAAGCGAGUGGAUGUGUGAAGCUGCUGCAGGAAUCAGGGGCCCUUUUCUACAGAAACCUGCCUUUUCUUAUUCAGACUGCAGAUGAGGGCGAUUGUAUAGUGGUUUUGGACAGACACCAGAACCUCUGACGCUGAACAUUUAGGACCUGAUGUGGACUCAUUUGAUGCUCAUGUGCAACAUGAACAUAAAGUAUUCUGGUUUGAUGGUGAUGAGAAGCUGGAGGAGAAACACUUGAGACAGACCUGCAGCUGCAGGAGGAAGAAUGAACUGGACGAAGUUGGAGCUGGGUUCUGGUCACCUGGUUCCACUGUGGGACACUGCUUCACAGUGACUGUGGAUGUCCCAGUUCAUCUCUGAUCGUAACUCCUCGAUCAGAAAUCCUCCGCUUAUUGUUUGUGCCUGAGAUUAAAUGGUUUAAAUGUGGUUCCUGGUCCAGUGAGUGGUUCUCACCUGGUCCCUCUGGGCCGGCAUGGAGCCCACGUCAGCUUUGGACCUUUCACACCUCUCAGUGAGUUUGAAGAGCUGCUGUCACUCUUUGUCAGCUUUUGACAAUAUUAUCGCUUCUCUGCAGAAAUUAAUAUGUUGAGAAUCUGGUGAGAUGAACUAUGGAGUAAAGAUAUUUGAAUUCUGCUGUAAAAAGAACAAAAAUUUAACUUGGAUGAAACUAAACUUGUUAGUAUUUACAUUAAACGCUCGAACAUCAUCAGGA